UACUCUUCCGCUUUCGGUAACGCUGUCACCUACACCGUAUACGUGGGAUGUUUUUUUUUUCUUUAGUGCUAAAUUGGUGAUUUACAAAAACGGAAUACAUACAUGUCAUUUGUGACAACCGGUUAGUUUCCAGCCACACCGUCUCUUUAAGGUUUAAUGGAAGACAUGGCAGAAAAGGCCCCUUCUAUUGCCCUUGAGGCUGUACUUAAAACCAGCAGUGACUUACCAGAGGACUUACCGAAGAUCAGAGGCUACGACUUUAACCAGGGGGUGGAUCUCCAUGCAGUGCUGAAGUCCUACCUAACCACAGGCUUCCAGGCCAGUAGCCUAGGCUUGGCCAUCCAGGAAGUCAACCACAUGAUCGAAAAACGUCUCGAGACAGUUGAAGCAGAAGAAAACGAGUCUGGCGACUCGCCAUCCCGUCCAGGCUGCACCAUCUUUCUUGGCUACACUUCAAACCUCAUCAGCUCUGGAGUCAGGGAGAGCAUCCGGUACCUGGUAGAACACAAAAUGGUGGAUGUGGUUGUGACCACAGCAGGAGGCAUAGAGGAGGACUUGAUCAAGUGUCUUGCUAACACAUACCUUGGAGACUUUAGCUUACCGGGCAAGGAGCUUCGUCUAAGAGGAAUCAACAGGAUUGGGAACCUACUAGUGCCUAAUGAUAACUACUGUAAGUUUGAAGACUGGCUCAUUCCCAUCUUAGACCAGAUGUUGCUGGAGCAGAACACAGUGGGUACCCGUUGGACUCCUUCCAAAAUGAUCCACCGGCUUGGCAAGGAGAUCAAUAAUACUGACUCUGUCUACUACUGGGCGUACAAGAAUAAUAUUCCAGUAUUCAGUCCUGCAUUGACAGACGGCUCUCUUGGCGACAUGCUUUACUUCCACUCCUAUAAGAAUCCUGGCCUUAUACUGGAUAUUGUGGAAGAUAUACGCAGGUUGAACAGCCAGGCGGUGUAUGCCAAAAAAUCUGGAAUGAUCAUCCUCGGAGGUGGGCUGGUCAAGCAUCAUGUAGCCAACGCCAACCUCAUGAGAAAUGGUGCAGAUUACUGUGUGUAUGUGAACACGGGCCAAGAGUUUGACGGCUCGGACUCUGGUGCCAGACCUGACGAGGCUGUGUCCUGGGGCAAGAUCAGAACCGACGCUAAACCUGUCAAGGUAUAUGCCGAUGCUUCUUUAGUCUUCCCUCUGAUUGUGGCCGAGACCUUCGCUCUCCACGCCGACAAGCUGACUGCAGGCAAGAAAACUGAAUGAAUGCUGCGAAGCACUUUGUCUCAUUACAGUGAAACACUUUUUCCGGGGGGAGGAAGCGCCGCUUCAUGCCGGGUAACUUUGUAAAGCACCGCAGCAUUCCUGUCCAAUCAGUGCUGCCAUGUGGAAAUAAGACUGCACGGUCUCUCUUAGCUUUCUCCAACAAUAUUUACUUGUUAGGACAAGUUGUAUUACUCUCAUUCAAAUGGCUUAAAUAACACAGUUGCAUGCCUCAGCAUGCGCCAAAGAAACCGUCAGUUGGGCGUUAGCAGACGACAGUGAAUAUGCGCCCAUGAGGCCAAAACUGCAUAUAUUUCACUUUAGAAUUGUAUUAUUUAACUUAACAAUGAACUGUGUGGAUGCUAGAUUAUGUAAACCACCACUUUACGAUGCUAGAUUGCUAAAUUACACAAGCAAUUAAAGGAACUUUCUUUUAUGGUUGAAAGGAAUAUUUGUCCAAUUCAGAAGGCAUUGAUGUGCAUGCAAUGCUUUAUUUCACUGCGUUUACCUCUUUGGGGUUGAAAAAGAUUUGAAUAGCAUUAUUUGCACCUGUCUUCUUUCUACAAUGUAAAUAUCCAAAUUGACAUCGGCAACAAUGUUAGGUUUUCAUAGCUGUUUUUUGUUUAUCUAUCUAUCUAUCUAUCUAUCUAUCUAUCUAGCUAUCUAUCUAUCUAUCUAUCUAUCUAUCUAUCUAUCUAUCUAUCUAUCUAUCUAUCUAUCUAUCUAUCUAUCUAUCUAUCUAUCUAUCUAUCUAUCACAUUAUCAUUUUCCUUUAUUUCGCAGUGAAUAAUGGAUGAAUGUUAAUGACAAAAUGAAGGUAUAUGCAGGUGGUACGUAUCAAUGAAAGUGUACAAUCGAGUGCUUAUACAAAUUAGGUUUGCUCAGUCUUGUUGGAAUCCUGUGCUCUGCUACGUAUCCUAGCCUGGAUUUACGUUGCACGGUUCAAGUGACAAUUUAGAUUUUUCGCCCUCAAGCGGCACAAUUCGCAAUUUGCGUCAUGGAAGCAUAAAUAGAAAAAAAUCAGGCAUGGAAUUGGAUCUUUUGAGCGGAGUCUCAGGCCUCUUCCAAAUGUGGUUAAAAUCCGAUGCGUAUCGGAUGUCUGCCUAUGUGAGUGCACUGUAGAUGACUAGAUCGGAUAUACACUGUCAAUGCGAGCUUCACAUCCUCCAAAUACACUGAUUGGUGAUAUAUAUCCACCUACAUCUGGGCAAACAACACCCGCUGUAAAUCUAAACUACAGCAAAGCAUAGCCCAUUAAAUAUGAUGUAAUUAUGGUUCAUAAGACGUAUGUCCAUCAUUAAAUAAGCAAAAAAUAUUGACUGAAUGUAAACACAGCCAUAUCGGAUAUAUGUCCCUUGAACUAUGCAUAGAAAUAGUUAAGAGGCCUUACAUUUUUAUUCGGAACGUGGACCUGCAGUGUAAAUCCAGGCAUAACGUAUCAGGUUAAAUAUUGUGCUGCUUUAUAACACCUCUAGAAAUUAUUCUCAGAAAUACAGUUUCCUCCCUGAACUGAAUAUUUGUAUUUCUUUGCUUUAAAAAAAAAAAAAAAAAAAAUCUGUAAACUUA